AUGGCUUUACAAUUCGCUAUAAUCUAUAUCUUGGUCGUCGGACUCGGCAUCCUCAGCGCUUACCAGUGUGGCAUGUUCAAUGAGUUCGUAGAGGAGGUACACAAUAUAGAUCACUGGAAUCUUGAUCCAGAAACAGAUGACGAGGAUUGGGACUCCGACGAAGAAGAAGAUGAUGAUGAUUAUGAUGACGAUGACGAAGAAUCGGAUGACGGCGGCUAUGCUUCUGGGGCAGUCAGUCAGCAGACUGGGAACUCUGAUAAAGCGAUAUCCAGUAAAUGA